GACCUUUGGCGCCAUAGAGCGCUGGUUCUGGUUCGUCAACCCCACGCUCUCUCUCAAAAGCUUGAAUCUGAAAUUUGAAUUACGAAGCAGUAGUCAAACAGUCAACGGGGCCUUGAUAGCUCGAUUGGAAAUGGAAAUGGAAAUGGGUCAGGUUUUAAAUGGCCCAAUCACUUUCAUGGUGAAAAAAAUUAAAAAAAAAGUAAUGCUUCAUGGUUGGUCUCAUCUCUAAUAUUACUAAGCUCUUGAAUAUGCUCGGUGCCACCACCGAGGACGGGGGCGAUGAUAACGUGGAAGAAGAUAAAGACAGUGGUGCGGCCAAUGAAGUGGACACCGACGAGGCCGGAAUGGACGGAAUAUUGAAUUAAGAAGAGAAGCAGACACAGAGUUUGGAAUUUUGUUUUUUGAUGUGUUUGAUUUGUAGAAAAGUAGAAAACCAGAUGGGAGUGGAUUACUAAUUUGAAGUAAGGGAACUGAAGAGACUGAAGGACUUGCUCUAAAUUUGCAAAGAUCUGACAACAUGAGUUUCAAUACAGAAGCAUUUAGAAACAUGAAGAGACUGAAAUUGCUCCAACUCAAGUAUGUACAACUCAUUGGGAAGUGGGAACUGCGACAGGUUUCCCAAAAAGUUAAGCUGGCUCUGCUGGCGAGGAUUCUUUCCACAGGUUAUACGAAAUGAGUUUCUUAAUGAAACAUACCUGGUUUCUAUUGACCUGCGGUACAGCAAUCUUGUACGAGUUUGGGAGGAUUCCAGGCGGCUUGGGAAUUUGGAGAUACUUAAUCUCAGUCAUUCACAUUAUCUAACACAACCACCAGACUUUUCACAACUCCCAUAUCUACGGUAUUUGAUCCUUAAAGACUGUGUAAGUUUGCCAGAGAUUGACAAGUACUCCAUUGGACUUCUUUAUAGACUUACCUUGCUAAACCUUAAAGGCUGCACAAUGCUUAAGGACCUUCCGGAGGACAUUUAUAAGUUGAUUCUUUUUAAGACUCUUGUUCUUUCUGGCUGUUCGAGAUUUGAGAAAUUGAGCAAGAAUAUAGGAAAUAUGAGUUUUCUGAGAACACUUAUUAUAAGUGGCAAAGCCAUACGUGAAGUACCAUCCUCUGUAGAUAAGUUGUGGGACUUGGACUUUUCAUCUCGACAAGGCCUGAGUCGAUCGACUAAAACGAUCUUUACAGGAAGAGACAUCACAACCUAGCCAGGAUGAGAUAUCAGGACCUAGCCAAUCCGAGUAUGAAUUCUGAUCGGAGAAUAAGCAGAGAAAGAAAGCUGAAAGUGAAGUGUUGAAGGAAGCUGAUGUGGUGAUGGACCUCAGAUUGUUAACUUCAGAACUUUUCUCUGAAUCUUGGUGAUAUGUUGCUGGUUGCUGUCUUAGGAGUAGCCGGUACCCUUCUUUUUCCUCAUGUCAGACUCAUGAUGUUUCUGUGCAGUUUUAAUCCAUGAUUUCUCUGAGCAGUAUUAAUAAGGGUUGGAUAUUCCAUUUACGAUCAUCAGUUGUUUUAACGCUAAUCUUGGAAAAGUGGCAAAUAUGGUCUUGUAAGAAGAAAAAUAAUUCGAACCAGUACGUGAUGUCAAUAUAAUCAUGUAUAGAGUUUGUAAAUUUGUUUAACA